AUGAAAAAGAAGGCGGAUUUGGAUGUAAGUGACUGUGAGGCACAAACAUGCAAAAUCAAUGAACAACUUUUUGCGUGGUUUCAAGCGACAGAACGGCAUAUAAUAUUUGAUUCUGAUAUUGAUGAACAAUCGCAUACUUCGUUUUAUCAAAGCGUCUUGCAUAAGCCCAAUUUGUGUUUUAUAUUUGAAGAUAGUAAAGGCGAGAAGUUUGGGUUCUUCACGACACAGCCCUUGUGUAAGACUGGGAAUUGGAAAUUUAAUGUAGGACGGCAUUUUAUCUUUAAACUCCCCACAAAGAAGAGUAAAGAUGCACACCGAUAUUAUCCCGAUCCCCGUGAGCAAUGUGGUAUCUGUUUAUUUGAAGAAGGUGUUUUGAUAUGUGCAUGUGGGGGGUUGAAUGGAGUAGGAGUUCUUGGGAUCUCAAGAACGUCAUCUAAAGGGUCGAUCCACAUUUGUUUAUCAGCCGUGUAUAAUAUGACGGAUGACUUAACUUCGUGUCCUUCACGCUUAUUUGUAAUGGAGCGGAUUGUUGUAAUUCAGUAUUAUUAA